CGGGCUUGCAGCCCAUGGCCCAGGCUCGUCCUCCCUGCUCAGCCUGCCCUUCCCUGCGGCUCUCUUCUCCGCUCCGGCUCGAACCGGCCGCCACUUUCCGGGGGGAGGGCGGGGAGGCCGACCUGCCGGGUAGAGAGCGGCAGGGGCGGUGCGGCUACUUGGCCGGCCUGCCCCGAGAGCCUCUUCACUGGGAACAAGCAGCGGCUCUCAGACCGACCAGCUCCAAGCCUCUGACAGCCAUCGUCAUGGGAGACAGCGCUGACCCCGCUUCACGUCACCAGCCUGACCUUUCACCGCCUCACGUGAUGCCAAAUGCCCACAGGGAUGCUGCUCCAUGGUGUAAGGGAAACAGGGUGUUAAUGCACGAGAGUCGGCAGCAGCGAGCCCUCGUACCCCAGAACACUGCAAGCAGUGAGCCCUGCAGCAGCGCAGGGGCUGUGAGCCCCAGAGCAACAGCAUGUGGGGAAGCAGCCCUGGACUAUUGCGCAGACAGCAAGCAUGAGCCCACAGCACGAGUGGUAGCAGCCGACGAUGUGUGCGGGAGCAAGCAGCCUGAGGCGGCAACGGACGGGUCGAGUCUCAGGAGUGACAAGGCAGCCAAGUCCCAGAGCAAUGGAGGGGCUGAGGUAUAUAAGACGAGGGCAAUUGGAAAAUCAGAGACAGCCAACUGCAAUCUGAAAAUGAGAAACAACUGCCACCUGCCAGAGCUAGCAUCAAUCAGCUCUCAGAGAAAGCCUAAUUAAUCAAAGGGCCUAUUAUAAUCAGUAGAACUGAAUAUCAGGCACUGUGAAAAAUAGCUGGCUGAUACAAUCCCCUCCAGUGUCAUGCACUUCCAUUACCAUAAUGAAAGCAAAGUACUACAGAUGCCAAAGAACUGAAAUAAUUACAGGAACAGCGGAAGAAAUUUGGUAGGUCUGGUAGCAUCAGUUGAGAGAAAUACAAAGUUAAUAUUUCUCGUCUAAUGGAACUUUUUUUGGAUUCGUGGAAUUCCUAUACUGUUCUUUGUUUUUACACCAAUCACAAUUAUGCUGAGUGUCUUGUGGCCUACUGGCAGGACAGACCCACGUGACGUGUCAGUACAGUGGCACUGUUAGGACUUCAACAUCCAUCACUAAGAGUGACUCAGCAGCAUUAAUACUACUAGCUAAGUCCUAAAGGAUAUAGCUUCAAA